AAAUUGCCGUUCGAGGAGGUCACCGAAUUCAAGCCAUUUUUGGUGGAGCCUCAGGAAGCAAUCAUUCAAGAACUUCCUGAAGAGGUCAAGGUCACCGAGGUGAUAACUGAAGAAGGCAAACCUAAGAAACAGGUUACCAAGAAACGUAUCAUCAAGAAGAAGGCCGGAAAGAAGGAACAGGUAACCGAGAUCGUCACUGUCCAAGAAGACGAUGGGUUAUCUCGAACAACUGUCACCGUCACUGAGUCCGAGUUGCCGUUCGAAGAGGUCACCGAAUUCAAGCCAUUUUUGGUGGAGCCUCAGGAAGCAAUCAUUCAAGAACUUCCUGAAGAGGUCAAGGUCACUGAGGUGAUUACUAAAGAAGGCAAACCUAAGAAACAAGUUACCAAGAAACGUGUCAUCAAGAAGAAGGCCGGAAAGAAGGAACAGGUCACCGAGAUCGUCACUGUCCAAGAAGACGAUCAACUGCCUCAAACAACUGUCACCGUCACUGAGUCCGAGCUGCCAUUCGAAGAGGUCACCGAAUUCAAACCAUCACUUGUGGAAACUCAGGAAGCCAUCAUUCAAGAACUUCCUGAAGAGGUCAAGGUCACCGAGGUGAUAACUGAAGAAGGCAAACCUAAGAAGCAAGUCACCAAGAAGCGUGUCAUCAAGCAGAAGGCCGGAAAGAAGGAACAGGUCACCGAGAUCGUCACUGUCCAAGAAGACGAUGAGUUACCUCAAACAACUGUCACCGUCACUGAGUCCGAGCUGCCAUUCGAAGAGGUCACCGAAUUCAAACUAUCACUUGUGGAACCUCAGGAAGCCAUCAUUCAAGAACUUCCUGAAGAGGUCAAGGUCACCGAGGUGAUUACUGAAGAAGGCAAACCUAAGAAACAGGUUACCAAAAAACGUGUCAUCAAGAAGAAGGCCGGAAAGAAGGAACAGGUCACCGAAAUCGUUACUGUCCAAGAAGACGAUCAAUUGCCUCAAACAACUGUCACCGUCACUGAGUCCGAGCUGCCAUUCGAAGAGGUCACCGAAUUCAAACCAUCACUUGUGGAAACUCAGGAAGCCAUCAUUCAAGAACUUCCUGAAGAGGUCAAGGUCACCGAGGUGAUAACUGAAGAAGGCAAACCUAAGAAGCAAGUCACCAAGAAGCGUGUCAUCAAGCAGAAGGCCGGAAAGAAGGAACAGGUCACCGAGAUCGUCACUGUCCAAGAAGACGAUGAGUUGCCUCAAACAACUGUCACAGUCACUGAGUCCGAGCUGCCAUUCGGAGAGGUCACCGAAAUCAAACCAUCUCGAGUAGAACCGCAGGAAGCCAUCAUUCAAGAACUUCCUGAAGAGGUCAAGGUCACCGAGGUGAUAACUGAAGAAGGCAAACCUAAGAAACAGGUUAGCAAGAAACGUAUAAUCAAGAAGAAGGCCGGAAAGAAGGAACAGGUCACCGAGAUCGUCACUGUCCAAGAAGACGAUGAGUUACCUCAAACAACUGUCACCGUCACUGAGUCCGAGCUGCCAUUCGAAGAGGUCACCGAAUUCAAACUAUCACUUGUGGAACCUCAUGAAGCCAUCAUUCAAGAACUUCCUGAAGAGGUCAAGGUCACCGAGGUGAUUACUGAAGAAGGCAAACCUAAGAAACGGGUUACCAAGAAACGUGUCAUCAAGAAAAAGGCCGGAAAGAAGGAACAGGUCACCGAGAUCAUCACUGUCCAAGAAGACGAUGAGUUACCUCAAACAACUGUCACCGUCACUGAGUCCGAGUUGCCGUUCGAAGAGGUCACCGAAUUCAAGCCAUCUUUAGUGGAGCCUCAGGAAGCCAUCAUUCAAGAACUUCCUGAAGAGGUCAAGGUCACCGAGGUGAUUACUGAAGAAGGCAAACCUAAGAAGCAAGUCACCAAGAAGCGUGUUAUCAAGAAGAAGGCCGGAAAGAAGGAACAGGUCACCGAGAUCAUCACUGUUCAAGAAGACGAUCAAUUGCCUCAAACAACUGUCACCGUCACUGAGUCCGAGUUGCCAUUCGAAGAGGUCACCGAAUUCAAGCCAUCUUUAGUGGAGCCUCAGGAAGCCAUCAUUCAAGAACUUCCUGAAGAGGUCAAGGUCACCGAGGUGAUUACUGAAGAAGGCAAACCUAAGAAGCAAGUCACCAGGAAGCGUGUCAUCAAGAAGAAGGCCGGAAAGAAGGAACAGGUCACCGAGAUCAUCACUGUUCAAGAAGACGAUCAAUUGCCUCAAACAACUGUCACCGUCACUGAGUCCGAGUUGCCAUUCGAAGAGGUCACCGAAUUCAAGCCAUCUUUAGUGGAGCCUCAGGAAGCCAUCAUUCAAGAACUUCCUGAAGAGGUCAAGGUCACCGAGGUGAUUACUGAAGAAGGCAAACCUAAGAAGCAAGUCACCAAGAAGCGUGUCAUCAAGAAGAAGGCCGGAAAGAAGGAACAGGUCACCGAGAUCAUCACUGUUCAAGAAGACGAUCAAUUGCCUCAAACAACUGUCACCGUCACUGAGUCCGAGUUGCCAUUCGAAGAGGUCACCGAAUUCAAGCCAUCUUUAGUGGAGCCUCAGGAAGCCAUCAUUCAAGAACUUCCUGAAGAGGUCAAGGUCACCGAGGUGAUUACUGAAGAAGGCAAACCUAAGAAGCAAGUCACCAAGAAGCGUGUAAUCAAGAAGAAGGCCGGAAAGAAGGAACAGGUCACCGAGAUCGUCACUAUCCAAGAAGACGAUGAGUUACCUCAAACAACUGUAACCGUCACUGAGUCCGAGUUGCCAUUCGAAGAGGUCACCGAGCUCAAACCAUCUCGAGUUGAACCUCAGGAAACCAUCAUUCAAGAACUUCCUGAAGAGGUCAAGGUCACCGAGGUAAUAACUGAAGAAGGCAAACCUAAGAAGCAAGUCACCAAGAAGCGUGUCAUCAAGAAAAGGGCCGGAAAGAAGGAACAGGUCACCGAGAUCGUCACUGUCCAAGAAGACGAUGAGUUACCUCAAACAACUGUCACCGUCACUGAGUCCGAGUUGCCAUUCGAAGAGAUCACCGAGCUCAAACCAUCUCGAGUUGAACCUCAGGAAACCAUCAUUCAAGAACUUCCUGAAGAGGUCAAGGUCACCGAGGUAAUAACUGAAGAAGGCAAACCUAAGAAGCAAGUCACCAAGAAGCGUGUCAUCAAGAAGAAGGCCGGAAAGAAGGAACAGGUCACCGAGAUCGUCACUGUCCAAGAAGACGAUGAGUUACCUCAAACAACUGUCACCGUCACUGAGUCCGAGUUGCCAUUCGAAGAGAUCACCGAGCUCAAACCAUCUCGAGUUGAACCUCAGGAAACCAUCAUUCAAGAACUUCCUGAAGAGGUCAAGGUCACCGAGGUAAUAACUGAAGAAGGCAAACCUAAGAAGCAAGUCACCAGGAAGCGUGUCAUCAAGAAGAAGGCCGGAAAGAAGGAACAGGUCACCGAGAUCAUCACUGUUCAAGAAGACGAUCAAUUGCCUCAAACAACUGUCACCGUCACUGAGUCCGAGUUGCCAUUCGAAGAGGUCACCGAAUUCAAGCCAUCUUUAGUGGAGCCUCAGGAAGCCAUCAUUCAAGAACUUCCUGAAGAGGUCAAGGUCACCGAGGUGAUAACUGAAGAAGGCAAACCUAAGAAGCAAGUCACCAAGAAGCGUGUCAUCAAGAAGAAGGCCGGAAAGAAGGAACAGGUCACCGAGAUCAUCACUGUUCAAGAAGACGAUCAAUUGCCUCAAACAACUGUCACCGUCACUGAGUCCGAGUUGCCAUUCGAAGAGGUCACCGAAUUCAAGCCAUCUUUAGUGGAGCCUCAGGAAGCCAUCAUUCAAGAACUUCCUGAAGAGGUCAAGGUCACCGAGGUGAUUACUGAAGAAGGCAAACCUAAGAAGCAAGUCACCAAGAAGCGUGUAAUCAAGAAGAAGGCCGGAAAGAAGGAACAGGUCACCGAGAUCGUCACUAUCCAAGAAGACGAUGAGUUACCUCAAACAACUGUAACCGUCACUGAGUCCGAGUUGCCAUUCGAAGAGGUCACCGAGCUCAAACCAUCUCGAGUUGAACCUCAGGAAACCAUCAUUCAAGAACUUCCUGAAGAGGUCAAGGUCACCGAGGUAAUAACUAAAGAAGGCAAACCUAAGAAGCAAGUCACCAAGAAGCGUGUCAUCAAGAAAAGGGCCGGAAAGAAGGAACAGGUCACCGAGAUCGUCACUGUCCAAGAAGACGAUGAGUUACCUCAAACAACUGUCACCGUCACUGAGUCCGAGUUGCCAUUCGAAGAGAUCACCGAGCUCAAACCAUCUCGAGUUGAACCUCAGGAAACCAUCAUUCAAGAACUUCCUGAAGAGGUCAAGGUCACCGAGGUAAUAACUGAAGAAGGCAAACCUAAGAAGCAAGUCACCAAGAAGCGUGUCAUCAAGAAGAAGGCCGGAAAGAAGGAACAGGUCACCGAGAUCGUCACUGUCCAAGAAGACGAUCAGUUACCUCAAACAACUGUCACCGUCACUGAAUCCGAGUUGCCAUUCGAAGAGGUCACCGAAUUCAAACCAUCUCGAGUUGAACCUCAGGAAGCCAUCAUUCAAGAACUUCCUGAAGAGGUCAAGGUCACCGAGGUGAUUACUGAAGAAGGCAAACCUAAGAAACAGGUUACCAAGAAGCGUGUCAUAAAGAAAAAGGCUGGAAAAAAGGAACAGGUCACCGAGAUCGUCACUGUCCAAGAAGACGAUCAGUUGCCUCAAACAACUGUCACCGUCACUGAGUCCGAGUUGCCAUUCGAAGAGGUCACCGAAUUCAAACCAUCUCGAGUAGAACCUCAGGAAGCCAUCGUUCAAGAACUUCCUGAAGAGGUCAAGGUCACCGAGAUGAAAACUGAAGAAGGCAAACCUAAGAAGCAAGUCACCAAGAAGCGUGUCAUCAAGAAGAAGGCCGGAAAGAAGGAACAGGUCACCGAGAUCGUCACUGUCCAAGAAGACGAUCAGUUACCUCAAACAACUGUCACCGUUACUGAAUCCGAGUUGCCAUUCGAAGAGGUCACCGAUUUCAAACUAUCUCGAGUUGAACCUCAGGAAGCCAUCAUUCAAGAACUUCCUGAAGAGGUCAAGGUCACCGAGGUGGUAACUAAAGAAGGCAAACCUAAGAAGCAAGUCACAAAGAAGCGUGUCAUCAAGAAGAAGGCCGGAAAGAAGGAACAGGUCACCGAGAUCGUCACUGUCCAAGAAGACGAUCAGUUACCUCAAACAACUGUCACCGUCACUGAGUCCGAGUUGCCAUUCGAAGAGGUCACCGAGCUCAAACCAUCUCGAGUUGAACCUCAGAAAACCAUCAUUCAAGAACUUCCUGAAGAGGUCAAGGUCACUGAGGUAAUAACUGAAGAAGGCAAACCUAAGAAGCAAGUCACCAAGAAGCGUGUCAUCAAGAAAAGGGCCGGAAAGAAGGAACAGGUCACCGAGAUCGUCACUGUCCAAGAAGACGAUCAGUUGCCUCAAACAACUGUCACCGUUACUGAAUCCGAGUUGCCAUACGAAGAGGUCAUCGAGCUCAAACCAUCUCGAGUUGAACCUCAGGAAGCCAUCAUUCAAGAACUUCCUGAAGAGGUCAAGGUCACCGAGUUGAUUACUGAAGAAGGCAAACCUAAGAAGCAAGUUACCAAGAAGCGUGUCAUCAAGAAGAAGGCUGGAAAGAAGGAACAGGUCACCGAGAUCGUCACUGUCCAAGAAGACGAUCAGUUGCCUCAAACAACUGUCACCGUUACUGAAUCCGAGUUGCCAUACGAAGAGGUCACCGAAUUCAAACCAUCUCGAGUAGAACCUCAGGAAGCCAUCAUUCAAGAACUUCCUGAAGAAGUCAAGGUCACCGAGGUGAUUACUGAAGAAGGCAAACCUAAGAAACAGGUUACCAAGAAGCGUGUCAUAAAGAAAAAGGCUGGAAAAAAGGAACAGGUCACCGAGAUCGUCACUGUCCAAGAAGACGAUGAGUUGCCUCAAACAACGGUCACCGUCACUGAGUCCGAGUUGCCAUUCGAAGAGGUCACCGAUUUCAAACCAUCUCGAGUAGAACCUCAGGAAGCCAUCAUUCAAGAACUUCCUGAAGAAGUCAAGGUCACCGAGGUGAUUACAGAAGAAGGCAAACCUAAGAAACAGGUUACCAAGAAGCGUGUAAUAAAGAAGAAGGCCGGAAAGAAGGAACAGGUCACCGAGAUCGUCACUGUCCAAGAAGACGAUCAGUUGCCUCAAACAACUGUCACCGUCACUGAGUUCGAGUUGCCAUUCGAAGAGGUCAUCGAGCUCAAACCAUCUCGAGUUGAACCUCAGGAAGCCAUCAUUCAAGAACUUCCUGAAGAGGUCAAGGUCACCGAGGUGGUAACUAAAGAAGGCAAACCUAAGAAGCAAGUUACCAAGAAGCGUGUUAUCAAGAAGAAGGCUGGAAAGAAGGAACAGGUCACCGAGAUCGUCACUGUCCAAGAAGACGAUCAGUUGCCUCAAACAACUGUCACCGUUACUGAAUCCGAGUUGCCAUACGAAGAGGUCACCGAAUUCAAACCAUCUCGAGUAGAACCUCAGGAAGCCAUCAUUCAAGAACUUCCUGAAGAAGUCAAGGUCACCGAGGUGAUUACUGAAGAAGGCAAACCUAAGAAACAGGUUACCAAGAAGCGUGUCAUAAAGAAAAAGGCUGGAAAAAAGGAACAGGUCACCGAGAUCGUCACUGUCCAAGAAGACGAUCAGUUGCCUCAAACAACGGUCACCGUCACUGAGUCCGAGUUGCCAUUCGAAGAGGUCACCGAUUUCAAACCAUCUCGAGUUGAACCUCAGGAAGCCAUCAUUCAAGAACUUCCUGAAGAGAUCAAGGUCACCGAGGUGAUUAAUGAAGAAGGCAAACCUAAGAAGCAAGUUACCAAGAAGCGUGUUAUCAAGAAGAAGGCUGGAAAGAAGGAACAGGUCACCGAGAUCGUCACUGUCCAAGAAGACGAUCAGUUGCCUCAAACAACUGUCACCGUUACUGAAUCCGAGUUGCCAUACGAAGAGGUCACCGAAUUCAAACCAUCUCGAGUAGAAUCGCAGGAAGCCAUCAUUCAAGAACUUCCUGAAGAGGUCAAGAUCACCGAGGUGAUUACUGAAGAAGGCAAACCUAAGAAGCAAGUCACCAAGAAGCGUGUCAUCAAGAAGAAGGCCGGAAAGAAGGAACAGGUCACCGAGAUCGUCACUGUCCAAGAAGACGAUCAGUUGCCUCAAACAACUGUCACCGUUACUGAAUCCGAGUUGCCAUACGAAGAGGUCACCGAAUUCAAACCAUCUCGAGUAGAACCUCAGGAAGCCAUCAUUCAAGAACUUCCUGAAGAAGUCAAGGUCACCGAGGUGAUUACUGAAGAAGGCAAACCUAAGAAACAGGUUACCAAGAAGCGUGUCAUAAAGAAAAAGGCUGGAAAAAAGGAACAGGUCACCGAGAUCGUCACUGUCCAAGAAGACGAUCAGUUGCCUCAAACAACGGUCACCGUUACUGAAUCCGAGUUGCCAUUCGAAGAGGUCACCGAAUUCAAACUAUCUCGAGUAGAACCUCAGGAAGCCAUCAUUCAAGAACUACCUGAAGAGGUCAAGAUCACCGAGGUGAUUACUGAAGAAGGCAAACCUAAGAAGCAAGUCACCAAGAAGCGUGUCAUCAAGAAGAAGGCCGGAAAGAAGGAACAGGUCACCGAGAUCGUCACUGUCCAAGAAGACGAUCAGUUGCCUCAAACAACUGUCACCUUUACUGAAUCCGAGUUGCCAUUCGAAGAGGUCACCGAAUUCAAACUAUCUCGAGUAGAACCUCAGGAAGCCAUCAUUCAAGAACUUCCUGAAAAAGUCAAGGUCACCGAGGUGAUUACUGAAGAAGGCAAACCUAAGAAGCAAGUUACCAAGAAGCGUGUUAUCAAGAAGAUUGCUGGAAAGAAGGAACAGGUCACCGAGAUCGUCACUGUCAAAGAAGAUGAUCAGUUGCCUCAAACAACGGUCACCGUCACUGAGUCCGAGUUGCCAUUCGAAGAGGUCACCGAUUUCAAACCAUCUCGAGUUGAACCUCAGGAAGCCAUCAUUCAAGAACUUCCUGAAGAGGUCAAGAUCACCGAGGUGAUUACUGAAGAAGGCAAACCUAAGAAGCAAGUCACCAUGAAGCGUGUCAUCAAGAAGAAGGCCGGAAAGAAGGAACAGGUCACCGAGAUCGUCACUGUCCAAGAAGACGAUGAGUUACCUCAAACAACUGUCACCGUCACUGAGUCCGAGUUGCCAUACGAAGAGGUCACCGAAUUCAAACCAUCUCGAGUUGAACCGCAGGAAGCCAUCAUUCAAGAACUUCCUGAAGAAGUCAAGGUCACCGAGGUGAUUACUGAAGAAGGCAAACCUAAGAAGCAAGUCACCAAGAAACGUAUCAUCAAGAAGAAGGCCGGAAAAAAGGAACAGGUCACCGAGAUCGUCACUGUCCAAGAAGACGAUCAGUUGCCUCAAACAACGGUCACCGUUACUGAGUCCGAGUUGCCAUUCGAAGAGGUCACCGAAUUCAAACCAUCUCGAGUAGAACCGCAGGAAGCCAUCAUUCAAGAACUUCCUGAAGAAGUCAAGGUCACCGAGGUGAUUACUGAAGAAGGCAAACCUAAGAAACAGGUUACCAAGAAGCGUGUCAUAAAGAAAAAGGCUGGAAAAAAGGAACAGGUCACCGAGAUCGUCACUGUCCAAGAAGAUGAUCAGUUACCUCAAACAACUGUCACCGUCACUGAGUCCGAGUUGCCAUUCGAAGAGGUCACCGAAUUCAAACCAUCUCGAGUAGAACCGCAGGAAGCCAUCAUUCAAGAACUUCCUGAAGAAGUCAAGGUCACCGAGGUGAUUACUGAAGAAGGCAAACCUAAGAAGCAAGUCACCAAGAAGCGUGUCAUCAAGAAGAUGGCUGGAAAGAAGGAACAGGUCACCGAGAUCGUCACUGUCCAAGAAGAUGAUCAGUUGCCUCAAACAACUGUCACCGAUACUGAAUCCGAGUUGCCAUACGAUGAGGUCACCGAAUUCAAACCAUCUCGAGUAGAACCGCAGGAAGCCAUCAUUCAAGAACUUCCUGAAGAGGUCAAGAUCACCGAGGUGAUUACUGAAGAAGGCAAACCUAAGAAGCAAGUCACCAUGAAGCGUGUCAUCAAGAAGAAGGCCGGAAAGAAGGAACAGGUCACCGAGAUCGUCACUGUCCAAGAAGACGAUGAGUUACCUCAAACAACUGUCACCGUCACUGAGUCCGAGUUGCCAUACGAAGAGGUCACCGAAUUCAAACCAUCUCGAGUUGAACCGCAGGAAGCCAUCAUUCAAGAACUUCCUGAAGAGGUCAAGGUCACCGAGGUGAUUACUGAAGAAGGCAAACCUAAGAAGCAAGUCACCAAGAAACGUAUCAUCAAGAAGAAGGCCGGAAAAAAGGAACAGGUCACCGAGAUCGUCACUGUCCAAGAAGACGAUCAGUUGCCUCAAACAACGGUCACCGUUACUGAGUCCGAGUUGCCAUUCGAAGAGGUCACCGAAUUCAAACCAUCUCGAGUAGAACCGCAGGAAGCCAUCAUUCAAGAACUUCCUGAAGAAGUCAAGGUCACCGAGGUGAUUACUGAAGAAGGCAAACCUAAGAAACAGGUUACCAAGAAGCGUGUCAUAAAGAAAAAGGCUGGAAAAAAGGAACAGGUCACCGAGAUCGUCACUGUCCAAGAAGAUGAUCAGUUACCUCAAACAACUGUCACCGUCACUGAGUCCGAGUUGCCAUUCGAAGAGGUCACCGAAUUCAAACCAUCUCGAGUAGAACCGCAGGAAGCCAUCAUUCAAGAACUUCCUGAAGAAGUCAAGGUCACCGAGGUGAUUACUGAAGAAGGCAAACCUAAGAAGCAAGUCACCAAGAAGCGUGUCAUCAAGAAGAUGGCUGGAAAGAAGGAACAGGUCACCGAGAUCGUCACUGUCCAAGAAGAUGAUCAGUUGCCUCAAACAACUGUCACCGAUACUGAAUCCGAGUUGCCAUACGAUGAGGUCACCGAAUUCAAACCAUCUCGAGUAGAACCGCAGGAAGCCAUCAUUCAAGAACUUCCUGAAGAGGUCAAGGUCACCGAGGUGAUUACUGAAGAAGGCAAACCUAAGAAGCAAGUCACCAAGAAGCGUGUCAUCAAGAAGAAGACCGGAAAGAAGGAACAGGUCACCGAGAUCGUCACUGUCCAAGAAGACGAUCAGUUGCCUCAAACAACGGUCACCGUCACUGAAUACGAGAUUCCAUUCGAAGAGGUCACCGAAUUGAAACCAUUACUAGUGGAACCUCAAGAAGCCAUCAUUCAAGAACUUCCUGAAGAGAUCAAGGUCACUGAGGUGAUAACUGAAGAAGGCAAACCUAAGAAGCAAGUCACCAAGAAGCGUGUCAUCAAGAAGAAGGCCGGAAAGAAGGAACAGGUCACCGAGAUCGUCACUGUCCAAGAAGACGAUCAGUUGCCUCAAACAACUGUCACCGUUACUGAAUCCGAGUUGCCAUUCGAAGAGGUCACCGAAUUCAAACCAUCUCGAGUAGAACCUCAGGAAGCCAUCAUUCAAGAACUUCCUGAAGAAGUCAAGAUCACCGAGGUGAUUACUGAAGAAGGCAAACCUAAGAAGCAAGUCACCAAGAAGCGUGUCAUCAAGAAGAAGGCCGGAAAGAAGGAACAGGUCACCGAGAUCGUCACUGUCCAAGAAGACGAUCAGUUGCCUCAAACAACGGUCACCGUCACUGAAUACGAGAUUCCAUUCGAAGAGGUCACCGAAUUCAAACCAUUACUAGUGGAACCUCAAGAAGCAAUCAUUCAAGAACUUCCUGAAGAGGUCAAGGUCACCGAGGUGAUAACUGAAGAAGGCAAAACUAAGAAGCAAGUCACCAAGAAGCGUGUCAUCAAGAAGAAGGCCGGAAAGAAGACUGAGAUUGGAACUGUUGAAGAAGACGAUCAACUGCCCCUGGACACUGAACUAAACUUUGAGCAAGGUUUGGGGGUGGGCGAAGAUUCUCAUUACAAAACACGUACACAUACACACAAACAAACACAAAUAACACCUGAAGAAAUCCAUGAUGCUGAGACACAAGAACACACAAGUCCUAUUUUCGUCACUACAUUUGAAACAUGCACAGACGAAAAACAAACAUUCAUCAAAUCCACGAACAAGAAACUCAUAAAAUCACAAGGUAUGAUUGUGGAGGAAAUUCUGAGCGACGAAGACGUUACUCCGAUUCCUCCAUCUCUGCCCGGAGUUCACAUCGAAGAAAUUGACGAACAGUUCGUCACCGAAGACUCUUCAACACCGUACAGCAUACAAACAGAACCCGAAGAUACAGCCACGAUCAGCCAAGAGCCAGUAUCCAAACAUAAACUGCCAAAGAAAAAACAAAUACACACACUCAUACAAGAACAGAUUGAGGAUCUUCCUUCGGAAGAAAUUUUACCAAGUGAAACAGUCGAACAAGAAACUGCAGAUGUUUCAGCUGUUAGGUCCAAGCGUAGGGUAGUUAAGAAGAAAAGGGUUGAUACAAGGGUAGAAGGUGAAGAAACUGUAAUCACAGAGGAGGAAUCGGUUGAGCCUUUCCAGAUCGAAACGAUCACAGAAGCUAAAGGAAUUGAAAGUCUAAUUCCGAUGGUACUUCAAGAGCCAGUAGUGGAAAAUCUACCGGAAGAUGUACAGGUCAUCGAACGAAUAACGAAAGACGGCGAACGAAAGCAAUCAGUUAUCAAAAAGCGUACUAUAAAGAAGAAAUCUGCUGGAAAAGAAGAGUUAAUUGAAGUUGUUACAGUACAGGAAGAUGACAAGGCACCUGAAACUACUAUAACCAUUACAGAAGAAGAAGUACCCGAAGAACCGAGUGCAGCAGCAGAAGAGAAGCCAAAACCAAAGCGAAAGAAGGUCAAGAAGCUUAAACCAAUGGAUGAUACAGAUGAGAUCAUCGAGAGGCUCUUAAACUUGGAAGUGAAAAAGACGGAAUUGGAACAAUACGAGAAAGUAGAUGUGGAGUUCAAGAAAAAGCCAGUAAUAGAAGAAAUCGUUACAGUAGAAGAACAACCAGAAGCGGAAGAGAUGAUCCAAACAACAGAAGGCGAAAUAAUUAAACAAAUUAUCAAAAAGAAGAUUAUCAAGAAAAGGGUAGGUCCCAAAGUAGAGGUAACUGAAAUUGUCACAACGCAACAAGAUGGCAAGCAACCUGAAAUAACUGAAACAGUAACUGAAGAAGCCGUUGAACCUUUCGAAACAGAACAAGUUCUCGAAGAAUCGCCAUGCCUGGAGGAAAUUCCAGUUCCAGAAACCGGGGAGGUUAUAACCAAAGUUGUUAAAAAGAAGGUUUCAAAGAAAAUUAAAAAAGUUAUGCCACAACCAACGGAGAUGUCCGAGGAGGAAGUUGAUGAACUGCUGAUUAUACCUGCUCAACCAGAACAAAUAAUGAUAGAAGAACUUCCAGAAAAAAUUGAUGUUAUUGAGACUGUAACAAUUGAUGGUAAACCAAAGAAACACAUUACAAAAACAAAGGUAAUCAAGAAGAGAACUGGAGACAAGGUCGAGGAAGUUCAGGUAGUUACAGUCCAAGAGGAUGACAAUCCAGCAGAAACUACAAUAACGCUAUCAGAGGAAGCAAUUCCGGUUGAGCCGACUGAACUUGAUGCACAGCCAGCAGAGAAACCCAAGCCAAAGAAGAAAAAGCUGAAAACGAUUAAGAAAAUUGGCGAUGAUACUGAUGACAUUAUUGAAAAGCUUCUUAAUCUAGAGGUGAAAAAGACCGAAUUGGAAAUGUACGAAAAGAUAGACGUUGAGCCCAGACGAAAAUCAAAACAGGUCGAAGAGUUUAUAUUUGAACCGGUUCAGGCCGAGCAAGCUAUUAUUGAAGAACUUCCAGCGCAACAAAUAAUGAAAGAAGUCACUACUGUUGUUCAGAAACCUAAAAAGGUUGUUACCAAGAAACAAAUUAUCAAACGAAAGGUUGGAGAUAAGGAAGAAGUAACGGAGCUUGUAACUGUGCAAGAAGAUGACAAAACUCCAGUAACUGUAGAAACCGUGACAGAAACCGUACUCCCAUACGAAGGAGAGCAAGCACCUCAAGAAAUAGCUACAAUUGAAGAUGUGCCACAAAUGAAGAAAAUCAAAACAAAAAUAGUCAAAACUAAAAUCAAACAUGAUGAAGAAGAAACGCAGGACACGCGUCAGGACGAAAUUAUGCCCGUUACAGCACAACCUAAACAACAGAUGGAAAUGGUGAUUGAAGAAAUGCCCGAAACAACGGAAAUUAUUGAAACUAUUACUGAGGAAGGUAAGCCACAGAAGCAAACAAAGAAAACGAAAGUUAUCAAAAAGAAGGUUGGGGACACUGUGGAAGAGGUGUUGAUCACUACUGUACAAGAGGAUAACAAGCCUGCCGAUACAACAAUAACCGUUGUUGAGGAAGUACUCGAGCCCACAGCCACCGAAGAAGGUACUCUGCUACAAGAGAAACCUGAAAUGAAGAAAAAGAAAGUCAAGACAGUCAAAAAGACGACGGAAGAUAUGGAUGACAUCAUUGACAGACUACUGAAUUUGGAAGUUAAGAAAACAGAACUUGAAAAAUAUGAACGGAUCGAUGUGGAGUUCAAACCUCGAACGAGACGAAUCGAAGAAACAUCCGUUGAAGAGUUUCCCGAAACUGUUUCGAUGCAUCUAUCUGAAGACGGCUCUGAAUCGAAGCAAGUGACUAAACGAAAAUUGAUUAAGAAAAAAAUUGGAAAGACCGAACAGACAACCGAGGUCGUAACUAUACAAACGGACAAUUUGGAACCGACCACUACAGUCACUGUUACUGAAGAAGAGCUUCCUUAUGAACAACCUGAAGAGUUUAUUGUCGAACAAAUACCAGCAGAAACCGCCGUUGUGGAAGAACUUCCGGAAGAAAUUAAAGUAACAGAAGUUCUUACUGUAGCUGGAAAACCGAAAAAGCAAAUAACCAAGAAGCGGACUAUAAAGAAACGAACUGCCGGGAAAGAAGAGCUAGUAGAAGUUGUCACCGUACAAGAAGAUGACAAAGAGCCGGAGACUACAGUUACCAUAACGGAAACGGAACCUGAAGUAGAAGAUUCAGUUCCUCUCGAACCGUUAUCUAUUGAGCAGAUACCACAAGACAUCAAACCUGCAGAGAAGCCGAAGCCCAAAAAGAAAAAGGUGAAAACAAUAAAAACUCUAGAAUCAGCUGAUGAUAUCAUUGAAAAGCUCCUAAACUUGGAAGUUAAGAAGACAGAACUCGAGAAGUAUGAACGAGUCGAUGUUGAGUUUAAGAAAAAGCCAAAACUGACCACCGAAAUUUCUCUCGAGCAACCAACAGCAAGUAUCGCAGAAGUUACGGAAAUCGAACAAGCACAAGCUAAGGUGAAAACGAUCAGAAAACCAAAGGACAAAAAAAUUCAGGUUAUCGAGGAAACUUCCGAGUUGGUACCCUCAAAACCUGUUGUUGAAGAACCUGAAGAGUUGGAAGAGAAAGAUAUCGAAUAUGCCGAGCCUUUGAUACCUACUGUUGUUGAGGAGAUAACCGAGGAGAAAACAUCCCCCGAUGGUAUAAAACAGGUCACAAUAAGGAAAAAGAUUGUGAAGAAAAAGGUUUCCAAGGGCAAGGAAGAAUCAUAUGUUGAAAAACCUGAAGACUACGAUGAAGCACUUCCUUCGGCUAUUGCGGAACAAGAAGAUAUUCUGCCUACUGAAGAUCAAACAGGAGAAGUCCCCAAGGAGUAUGUCUUCAUAAAGCCCGAGCAACAAGAGGCAAUUAUCGAAGAAUACACCAUCGAAACACAUUCUUACGAAGAGAAAUCUUUGAAACAAUUACAGCAACUGCAAAAAGAACAACUACAACAAUUGGAGGAAGCUGGAGUGAAAAAAGUUGUUAAGAAAGUCAAAAAGAAGACAAAGAAACCAGGUCAACCAGAAGAAGAUGAAACACUAGAAAGACUUCUGAACUUGGAAGUGGAGAAAACACAACUAGAAGAAUACGAAAAAGUAGAGCUGGAAACCAAACCAAAGCCAGAGAAGAUCAAACCCAAACUAGAACCAAUGAAAAUAGAGCGCAAAGAACAGAAGGCAACAAAACUGAAAAUAACUGAAGCUGAAGAGCAGCCCCAAAUGAUUAAACUGAGGAAAGUAAAAGUACCUGGGAAAAAGGAAAUCGAGGAGGUGACAGUACCAAAGGUACUUCUAAAGAGUAGGAUAAUAAUGAUAGAGUUUCCUCCUGUUGUUCAGUUUCCUGAAAUUAGCACACUGCUUACUAUAAAGGGCAUUGGUGAGCUGACAAGAGCUGACGAAGAGGAAGAAAAAAUAAAAUUAAAGAAAAUAAGAAAGAUAAAAACUACGAAACGUGACAAGUUGGAGUUAGAAAAGGUCGACCUACCUGAAUAUGAAGACGAAGCACCAGAGGAAGAGUCAACACCUGAAGAGAAGGAAAAAUAUCAGAGAAAACCGAAAGAUAAAACCGAAGAGGAACCAGAGGUGAAAAUAUUGAAGCUGGGCAAAGGCAAAUUGAAAAAAGAUGAACCAGUUGAAGAAACAGUUACGCUCAAGAAAACUCCAAAGAAACCCAAGGAAGAAGUUGAAGAAGAUGCUAUAACAGUCAAGAAACCGAAGCAGAAACCUGAACCCGUGGAAGAUGAUAAACAGUUUAAGCAUGUGCAAAAACCGACCUUCAGCCCAACAGACAUACCGGAUGUGGAGGUGGAAGUUGAAGAGUAUCGACAACCAUCGCCAGUUCCAUAUGAACCAGAAGACAAAAUACCAAAGAAAAUGAAACGCCCAAAAAAGCCGAAAGAACCAAAGGAAGAUGAAGAACAACAAAGACAAUUGGUAAUGGGCAAAGGCAAGGAGCCGGAAGGAACACCAGAAGAAGAUGUUAAAUUCAGAAUACCGACCGGAAAGAAACCCGAAGAAGAAGGAGACCAAAUCAAAUUGAAACCAAUUCCAAAGCCGACAACAGAUACUGAAAAAAUCGAAAAAGAAGCCGAUAGAGAUCUUGGACUACCUGUACCUGCGCAAAAACCAGAGCAACCUGAAGAAGAAAGCAUUACCUUCUUGAUGAAGAAGAAAAAGGUAUUGAAGAAAAAACCAUCGAAGGAAAAACCGGACGAAGAACCUACCGAAGAAGCUACUGUUGAAAAACCUUCCAAUCAGACUGCAGAAAUUGAGCAAGAUGUAGAAGAAACAUUUAGUCUCACACAACCUACCAAAGAGCCUGUUAUUGAGUGGGAAACUUCUUCAGAAAUAUCAAAAGAACCUCAAUCACAGGCAGUUGUUGAACAGCUUCCUGACCAAGUUGAAAUGAAAGAAAUAAUAACUGCUGAAGGCGAACAACAAAAACAAAUUAUCAUAAAGAAAGUGAUCAAAAAGAAACGACCGGACAAAGAAGAAGUUAUUGAAGUCGUUACCGUUCAGACUGGCGACAAGGCUCCCGAAACAACAGUUACAGUUAGCGAAACCUCCCCAGAAGAUUCGACCCUCAAGACACCCAAAGAUUCGAAAACUCGCGUAAAGAAGGUCAAAGUUUCAAGUAAGAAAGACGACCUCGACGAAAUCGUUCAAAGACUACUGGACCAAGAAAUAACCAAAACAGAACUAGAGCAGUAUGAAAAAUUCGACUUUGAAAUUGCGAAGAAACCUAAACAAGAAGAACAACAACAGGUUGAAAUCGUUAAAAAAUCGACUGUCAAAAAGAUAAUACAAAAAGAUAUAAAGCAACACGAAACCCCCUCAUUACAAGAAACACCAACAGAUAUAUCAGAUACCCUAGAACUCACGCCAAUCGAGGCACAAACACCUGACACACUACACACAACUAUUGUCGAAGAAAAACCGAGAAUCAGUGCUGAUACUGUCGAACUAAAGGAAGAUGUGUUUGAAACGACGGACUUCGUAGCGGAACGCCCUGCCACAGAGGAGGUAUCACCCGUUGAAAUCCAGGAUGUCACUGUUAAACCCGUGGUCCGCAGGAAGCCCCUAUUGGAAGCUGCACCCAGAGAAGAGGCCUUCGAGCAACUUGAUGAGGAAGUUUCUGAGGUUUAUAUUGCUUCUCGUGAAGAAGUGCAGAUUGCUGCCACCGAUAUUUCAUCGGAAGCCAUUCAGAAGCCUAUGGUUAGCAAAGCUUUCUUGGAAGCCGCACCGAAGGAGGAAGCCUUCGAACUCUCUGUCGAGGAAGUAAGUGAUGUUCCAAUUGCUCCUCGCGAUGUGGUGCAGAUUUCUGCUACCGACAUUCCAUCGGCAGCCGUUGAAAAGCCCUUGGUUAGCAAAGCAUUCCUGGAAGCAGCACCAAAGGAAGAAGCUUUUGAACAGCUUGUCGAGGAAGUUUCUGAGGUUUCUAUUGCUUCUCGCGAAGAAGUACAGAUUGCUGCAACUGAUAUUCCAUCGGCAGCCAUUGAAAAGCCCUUGGUAAGCAAAGCUUUCUUGGAAGCUGCACCAAAGGAGGAAGCUUUCGAGCAACUUACCGAGGAAGUAUCAGAUGUCCCAAUCACUCCUCGCGAUGUGGUACAGAUUUCUGCUACCGAUAUUCCAUCGGCAGCCGUUGAGAAGCCCUUGAUUAGCAAAGCUUUCCUAGAAGCUGCACCAAAGGAAGAAGCUUUCGAGCAACCUUUGGAAGAAACUGCCAUUGCCCCUGAGCUUCCUAUGGACAAACUUGAGAUUCAAGCAGUAGAAGUGCCAGAUCUCAUCACUGAGAAACCAGCAAUUCGCAGAAAACCAUUACUAGAAGCUGCACCAAAGGAAGAACUGUUGGAGCAAGUAGUAGAGGAGACUUCCGAUGCAGCAGCACUUCAAAUGGAACAAGUUCAGCUAUCUGCUACCGAUAUUCCUCAUGCCGCAACUGAAAAGCCAACGGUGCGAGCGAAACCAACACUGGAAGCUGCUGCCAAACAAGAAUUGCUGGAACAAGAAACCGAGGAAACUGACAACGUACCAUCACUAUCCUUAGAUGAAGUGCUUCCUCAGGCAGUUGAUGUAGCAGAUCAAGCUACUGAAAAGCCUUACAUUCAUGGAAAGCCAAUGCUUGAAGCUGCACCCAUCGAAGAACAGCUGGAUCUCAGCAUUGAAGAAGCAGAUACAGUCACAUCGCUUUCAAUGGAUGAAGUUCAGGUGGCUCCUUCUGAUAUACCCGAUUUGGCCACAGAAAAACCACAAAUUCGGGACAAACCAACGUUGGCUGCUGCUCCAGUAGAAUCUCUGUUCGAACAGAAAACGGAAGAAACUGAAUUGGCUGCACCACUCACAUUGGAUGAGUUUAAGGUGGCUCCAACAGAGGAGUCACUUGCUGCCCCAGCAGAGCAAGCCCAGGUUACUCCACAAGCUGAAGUGCAAGUUGCUCCAGAACCAACAAAGAAGGUGAAGAAGAUCACCAAGGUUAAGAAAACUAAGAAAUCAAUUGAUGAGGACGAAGAAUUGCAACGUCUGCUGAACCUAGAAAUCGAGAAAACGGAACUCGAGGUCUAUGAAAAGGUUGAACUGGACGCCAAGGAGAAGAUCAAACCGGAAAAGGGUGAGCUAGUCAAACUAGAACCUAUCAAAAUAGAACGGAAAGAACAAAAACCAACCAAACUUGAAAUCACAGACACACCCGAACCACAAACAAUCAAAUUGCGUAAGACCGUAAUACCAGAGAAGAAAGAGAUCGAAGAGGUCACUGUUCCGAAAGUUUUACUGAAGAGUCGAGUCGUACAGGUCGAAUAUCCACCGGAGGCACAAAAGCCGCAGAUCGUUCAACUAGACACCAAGCAAGGCGUUGGCGAGCUCUCUAGGAUCGAAGAGGAAGAGGACGAACGUAAGGUAAAGAAAAUCAAAAAGGUCAAGGUAAUAAAGAAAGAAAAGCCCGAGCUAGAAAAGCUGGACAUUGAAAAGUACGAGAAGGAACCAACAGUGCAGGAAGAAAAGGAAGAAGAGAAACCUAAAUACCAACGACAGGUUAAGGAGAAACCGGUUGAAGAAACAGAAGAUAGAACUCUUGUUCUGGGUAAAGGUAAGCUUAAGAAAGAGGAAGACGAAAUCGAAGAAGUCAAACUAAAGAAAACGCCAACAAGACCAAAGGAAGAGGUAGAAACUGAGGCGGUAGUAAAGAAGAAGAAGGAGGAAAAACCAACUGAAGAUGAAACUGUCAAGAAACAAAAACAUGUCGAAAAGCCUACCUUUAUUCCCACUGACAUUCCAGACGAAGAAACGGAACUGGAACCAUAUGAAAAACCUGUCCCAGAACCUAAAGAGAAACCGGUGAAAGAACCCAAGAAACCAAAGAUACCUAAGGAACCAAAGGUUCCAGAAGUUCCUGAAGAACCGGAACACAAAAUUGUGCCCGGAAAAGGAAAGCUCCCGGAACCAGAACCAGAACCAGAGGUAAAAUUCCGCAUUCCUGUUGGCAAGAAACCGGAAGAAGAACCGGAAGAAAUCAAACUCAAGCCUUUCAAGAAACCAUCGCCAGAAAAAGAGCCAACCGAAAGAGAUGCUGACCGUGAUAUGGCUCUUCCUAAACCGAAGGAAUAUCCAGAUGAACCAGAGGCUGACAUUACGAUCAAGAAGAAGAAAAAGAAGGUUCCAAAGGAACCGGAAGCUCCCGCCGUUGUUGAAGAAGUUCCAGAACCUGUCCCGGUAUUGGAAGAACCUCCUAAACCGGUUGAUGUACCAAAAGAAGAACCCAAAAUUGAGGAACCCGCCCCAAUGGAAGAGGUUAAACAACCCAAAGAACUUCCGAUUGAACAACCGAGUGAAAUGAUCACUCCAAAGGUAGCGGAAGAAACCACCGAAGAUAUUAUGGCCCCAGUUAUUGUCACCGAAAAACCCACAGAAGUUGAAACAGAGCCGCUUCAAAAGCCUGAAGUCACCCAACCGGAAGUGCGAGAAGUUAAGGAAGAGAAGAAAAAGAUUAUCAAGAAGAUCAAGAAAACGAAGGCCAAACCGGAAGACGACGAAGAGCUCCAACGGCUUUUGAAUCUGGAAGUGGAAAAGACUCCACUAGAACAGUACGAGAAGGUUGAACUGGAACCGAAGGAAAAGGAAAAAUCAAUCCCGGAGAUAAAACCAGUUGAAGUGUUGGAGCCUAAGGAAGAAAUAGUCGAACCAGAGCCAAAGCCGGAACCAGUUGUUCAGAAGGCGAAAAUAAUCGAUCAAGAACCGAUUCCCGAGCACGUAGCUGCAGAAACAGUUACAGAAAAACCCAUCGUCGAAGAAGCCGUUCCAAGUGAAGUCAAAGUUGAGUUGGCAAGCGUGGAGGAGGAAAAGCCGGUUGAAAUUAUGCAGGAUAUCCCUGCGCCAGUCGUCGAAGAACAGCCGAUUGAACCCGAACAACCAGUCAAGAAACCGAAAGAGAAGAAGGUAGUGAAAACGGUUGUAAAGAAACCCAAAAAGGCAUCCAUUGAGGACGAUGAACAACUACAAAAGCUACUUAACUUGGAAAUUGAAAAAACGGAACUGGAGAAAUAUGAAAAGGUUGAUAUUGAAAUAGCCAAAAAACCGAAGAAGGUUGAAGAAGUGGUUAUUGAGCGGAAACCUGAGGAGCCUCAAGUGGAAGAUGUCCCUGAAGAGGUGGUCUUCAAGCCAAAACCGAAAGAAAGAGUGAUCAAACCGGUUGAGGAAGAAGUUGAAGUAGACUUCCAGCUGAAGAGGAAGCCACGUUUGCCGGAGCAACCACAAGAAGUUGAGGAGAGCAUCACGCUGAAACCAACUCCCCAGAAACCCAAAGAAUCGGUUAGUGUGGAACGAAUUAUCAAAAUUGAGGUGGAGCGUUCAGAACCGGUCACUAUAGAGGAAGCUGAUGAAAUAACAAUCCAAAGAGAGGAAGAAAUCGAAACCGUUGAACCUCUGGUCGAAGAGCCUGCCGAAGAAUUUAUCACUCCAGAAGAGGUUGUGCCAAUUCAACCAAUUCAAGAAGAAAUCUCCGAAGCACAACCAUUGAUCGAAGAUGCCGUGCUUGAGUUGCCUUCAGAAGAAACUCCAGAAGUUGUUGAGUCUGUUCCAAUCCAACCGAUUGUGGAAGAGCCAACUCCGGUUGUUCCCUUACGUAAGGUGUCACUGAAACCUGUACCUAAACCAGUCGUGGAAGAAGAGAAACCCAAGGAAAAGCCGAAGAAAAAGACCGUUGUGGUCAAGAAGAAGAAGGCAAGCUUGGAUGACGACGCCGAGCUUCAGCGUCUGUUGAAUCUCGAAGUCGAAAAAACGGAACUGGAACGGUACGAAAAGGUUGACGUUGAUAUGAAAAAACGAGAGAAGAUGAAGAUAACCGAGCAACCGCAGCCUCAACGUGCUGUGGAGUCCACCAUUGAAGAGGAACAAACCAUCCAACUCAAGCCCAGAAAGAAGAGUGUAAAACCUUCGGUGGAAACAAUUGAAGAAACAGAAGUUGCGUUUAAACUGAAGCCUAAGAAGAAACCGGAAGAACAGGUGGAAGAUGCUACAGUAACUCUAAGAAAACAAAAGCCACAGGUUGUUGAGGAGACGGCUAUUGAAGAAGUCAUCAGGCUUCGACCAGUGGUUCAGAAACCUGAAGAAGUCGAAGAAGUUGAAGAGAGCAUCAAAUUGCAAGCCAAGCCGCAGCCUUAUGUUACUGAUGAAGCUGAAGCAUCACUGAAGAUAGUAAAGGAAGCAUCACCUGAGGAAAAACCGAAGAAGAAGGUUGUCAAGAAGAAGAAGGAGGAUGAUGUUGAUGAAAUUACCAAGAAGCUGUUGGAAAUGGAUGUACCAAAGACUGAACUGGAGAAAUAUGAAAAAAUCGAUGUUGACUUCACGAAGAAACCCAAAGAAGUGGUUGAAAAAGAAAUACCAGCUCCAGCUGAAGAAGUUGUUGAGCACGUUGUCAUACGUAAACAACGACCACGACCCAAGCCAGCAUUCCGUAGAGAAGUUCUUGAUGAGGAGGAAGUAAGAAUCAAGAAAAUUAAAAAGGUUCGUCAGCCUAGACCUGUCUUCAAAGAUAUUGAACCGCACACAGUAACAUUCCAGCCAAAGCGUGUCAAACAUAUUGAAGACAUUGAACAGGAGUUCAAGAUUCAGCUAGAUUCAUAUGCUCGUGAGGAAAUAUCAAUGACAGGAAGAGUUAAACUUCCCGCUCCAUACAGCUACGGAGAAGAAACUGGCGAAGCGCACAUCACCAUUAUCAAAGAAAUAAAUGAAGAUGAUGAAGUUGUGUACGAAGUUAUCUACGAUGACAGUGAAGUUGACGUCGAAGAGGAUGACUACGACCGCUACGAGGAAGAAGACACCGAAAGUGUGGUCCUAGAGCUACGCAAACGCCGCCAAAAGCUUGAAAGUCUAAUCGUGCACCAGGAGGAAGAGAUUUCGAUCGACCUGACCCGCCGCAAAUCGCAAGUCACACACGAAGAAGAAUCAUUCACACUGAAACAACAAAAGAAGUCAUUGGCAACAUACUCUGAAGAAACUGCGUCGUUGAAGAUCAUUCGAGAAGAGGAAGCCAAUGAGAUGUACUGUAUCCAGCCGGUCGAAGCGGAAAACGAAGAAGCGAUCCAUUUGGUAGAAGGCGAAAAAGUUUACGUGAUAGAUCGCAGUAAUCCCGAGUGGUGGUUCGUCAAGCGGUCCUGGAGCGAGGAGCGUGGAUUCGCACGACGGGAUCUCCUGAUGGACGCUGUAACAUACCCACAAUACGUGCAGAAGACUCUCAACGAAAAGAUCGACAAAUUGCCGGUAUUUGAGAAACCCGCUCCUAGCGAGAAACCACAGGCACCGAAGAUCAUCGAAAAGCUACAACCGAUUACCACUCAGGAUGGUUACACGGUGCAGUUUGAGUGCAAGGUCGAAGGCUACCCACGGCCACAAAUUACCUGGUUCCGACAGACGGCGGUUAUUAAGCCUUCGCAAGAUUUCCAGAUCUACUACGAUGACGAUAACGUGGCUACGCUGAUCAUCCGCGAGGUGUUCCCCGAAGAUGCUGGUACUUUUACCUGCGUUGCCAAGAAUAUUGCCGGUUUUGCAGCAAGUACUACAGAGCUAAGCGUGGAUUCGUUCACAUCUGAUCAUGGAUCUGAAGUGGCCACCCUAUCGCGCAAGAGCAUGUCCCGCGAGUCGUCUCUUGCUGACAUUUUGGAAGGUAUUCCACCGACUUUCUCUCGGAAGCCAAAGGCACAAUACGUGGAUGCUGGAUCAGAUGUGCUGCUGGAAUGCCGACUUGUGGCCAUACCAGAACCGGAUAUUCACUGGUUCUACAACGGUACUGAAAUCACCUCGAAGGGCAAUGUCGAAGUUGUCGUUGAAUCCGAUAUGCACAUGUACUGUACCGUUGUUCAAAUACGAAACAUCGACAAAACGCAGGAAGGCUCCUACCAGGUCGUAGCUCGUAACCGCGAAGGUGAAUCGGCUCUGGAUAUUACUGUCAAGGUUAAAACUGGAGUCCAAGAGCCUCCACAGAUUCUCGAGCCGCUCAAGAGCAUGAGUAUUCGCCAAGGAGAAACCGUCAUGCUUUCGACUCAAAUCGUAGGUAACCCAACCCCUGAAGUCCAAUGGUUCAAAAAUGGAGAAAUUCUCAAAACACCGACUCAAGUCGACAAGAAUAUGUACACGGUGACUCUUCUCUCACCUACCCACGACAACGCUGGUGAGUACACAGUGAAGGCUAAGAACGCUGCUGGUACUGUAGAAACGACCGCUUUCUUGACGGUGGAUGAGUCGAACGUUGGAAAUCCGCAAGCUCCGCUUUUCCUUGAAAGAUUCGAAGAACAAAGCGUUCCUCAAGGCGGUACCAUCAAGCUACCAGCUAAGGUAUCCGGUAACCCAGUUCCAGAAAUUUUAUGGCUACGCAACAACAACACACUGCUAUCAUCGAAGAAGGUGAAGCAAGCCUACGAUGGACAAAACAUCGAACUUACAAUUUCCAAUGCAGACUCGGAACAAGAUACUGGAAACUACAAGUGCAUUGCUUCUAACACAGUAGGAAAGGCAUCUCAUGGUGCACGAGUUACCGUUGAAGUGGAUAGAGUCACAUUCGUCAAAAAGCUGAAGAAGACUGUCACAGUCGAGGAAAGUAAACCCGUUACCCUGGAAUGUGAAACAUCGCAUACUGUUUCCACCAAAUGGUUCCACAAUGGUAAGGAAAUGAGCGGAAUGGAUCACCGUGUGAUCGUUCAGGAGGGCAAGGUGCACAAACUGGUAAUCAAGAAUCCCACCAUCAAGGAUACCGGAAUGUACCAGUGCACCGUUAAGGAUCAGAUUACCGAGUGCAGCCUAACGGUUCUUGAAGCCAAGCCCGAGUUCAUUCGCAAGAUGGAGGAUGUUGAAACCAAGGAGAAGCAGAAUGCAGUGCUGGAGGUGGAAAUCACUUCGGAAACGGCCGAUGUUGUCUGGUACAAGGAAGGCAAGAAAAUCGUCGAAGAGAAGGGCAAGUUUGAGUUCUCAAAGAAGGGCAAGACACGAUCACUUUUGGUACGCAGCACAUCGGUGCACGACGAAGGCGAGUAUACUUGCGCCUUGGCAGAUCAAGAGUGUUCAGCUGAAGUGGUGGUAAUUGAGCUUCCUCCAGAAAUCAUCACCCCACUCAAGGACGUCACUGUAGCCCGAGGAGAGAACGCCGUAUUCGAAAUUGAACUGACCAAGGGCGAUGCAUUAGUGCGGUGGUACAGAGAUGAUACGGAGCUGUCGUUUAACGGACAUUACCAACUGACGAUUGAUGGUAAACGUCAAACGCUCAAGAUCACCAAGACCGUCGAUGAGGACACUGGAGUUUACAGAUGCGUCGUCGGAGAUCAGUUAUCCACUGCGAAACUGACGGUUGAACGUCCAUUGGUUGACUUUGUUAAGCGUUUGCCUGAUGUAACUAUUUCCACCAAGGAAACUGAUGCCGUAUUCAUUGUUGAACUCUCCGAAUCGGCUGAGGUUACAUGGUACAAGAACAACAAGAAAAUUAAGGCCUCUAGCAAAUACGAGCUUGUUGUAGAGAAAAACGUUCGCAAAUUGAUUGUAAAGAAUGUAACGGAAGACGAUGAAGACGAAUACACCUGUACCAUUGCAAAUGUGAAGACAUCGUCAAAAUUGAAGGUCGAAGUGAUCAAGGUGGCCCCAACAAUCGUUGACGAUGAACGAACAUACACAAUCCGCAAGGAAGAUGAUGUUACCUUCAAUGUCAAGUUCAUCGCCACGCCUAAACCUGAUGCUGAAUGGUACGUUAAUGAGAAGCUAGUGAUCCCAUCACCACGCUUCGUCCCAAAGAUUAGCGAGGAAACUGCCAGUUUGACGAUCAAGAAGGUAGUGGAAUCGGAUGCAGGAGAUUACACCGUGCGGUUAGUGAACGAAUGCGGUGAUGCCAGUGCGUCGUUCACCCUUGUAGUUAAAAAACAACCCGGUGCACCUGACGCUCCGGAAGCUACUCAGAUCACCGAUGAUUCAAUUACCCUGUUCUGGAAGUCACCUGAAGACAAUGGCAACAGUACAAUUACUGAGUACAUUCUGGAGUAUCAGGAGAAGAGCAAAAAGAAGUGGAUCGAGAUUACCAACAUCACGGAAACUACCACUACGGUCACCAAGCUAACGAAGAAUUCCGAAUACACAUUCCGUGUGACGGCAGUUAACGAGAUGGGCAAGGGACCGGCAUCGCCCAACUCGCCGUACUACAAGAUUGCCGCUCCGAUCAAGAAGGAAGCCCCGGUUGUAAGCGAACACCUCAAGGACGUGCACAUUGGGCUGGAUCAGACGGUUACCCUGACAUGUGUCGUGAAUGGUGUUCCAACUCCCGAAGUGACGUGGUAUCGCAACGGAGUAGUGCUCAAGGAGAAGACUAUCACUUACGAGAACGGUGCGGCCAAGUAUGUCAUUACCAAGACCACCAAGGAAAGUAGCGGUACUUACGUAUGCAAGGCAGCUAACGAAGUCGGUAGUGUUGAAAGUAGCUGUCAGGUAGUGAUCGAGGAGAAACCUACCAUUACAGUCGAUAAGAAGCAAAUCGUUCAAAAGUUACGCGUUGGAGACGAAUGGACUGUGGUGGCUAACUUUGAAGGAUAUCCAGUACCAGAGAUCGUCUGGUAUCGUGAAGAAGAAGUCAUUGAAUCUACGGAUGAGCAUACGAUUGUGACCAUCAGUAAAUCUUCGUCGAUUGUUAUUGGAAAGCUGGAUCGCUCGGAUAGCGGAAAGUAUGUUGUUGAGGCUAGGAAUUCAGCUGGAUCGGCUAGUGUCGAGUUGCAGCUGAAGGUAAUCGACAAACCAAGCAGACCGGAGGGACCGAUUAUUGUGAAAGAACUCAGCCCCGAAGCCGUUGUGAUCGAGUGGAAGCCACCAGCAGAUGACGGCGGGUUGGAGAUUUCGCAGUACUCGAUCGAAAAGUGCGACGACACCAACAAGAACGCUUGGAUCAAGGUUGCCGAUGUUCAGAAGAACAUCAAAUCCUAUUGCAUACAGAAGCUGCUAGAUUCCACUCAGUAUCACUUCCGUGUGAUAGCUCAGAACCCGAUCGGUUGCUCGGAACCUCUGGAGAGUGCUACCAUCACUGUCAAGCAGGUUUUGGAGCCACCAUCUCCACCACGUGGACCAAUCGAGACCUCGGGUAUGACUAGCAACUCCUUCACGCUGUCCUGGCAGCCUUCGGAGCAUAAUGGUGGAAGUAAGAUUACCGAGUAUGUCGUUGAAAUGAAGGAAUCGAAGAAGAAGGUUUGGAAGGUCGUUGGAAGCACCAGCGCAAGCGAAACUUCUCUGUUGAUCGAGAACUUGUCAGCGAGCCGAGGCUACGACUUCAGGAUCUUUGCGAAGAACAAGAUCGGAACGAGUGAGGCACUUCAGACGGAGGAAUCGAUCGUCGCUGGCAAGGAAAUCACUCCACCAUCUGCGCCUCGAAACCUGCGCAUCGUAAACGUAACCAGCAAGAGCAUCAAACUCGAAUGGCAGCAGCCGGAAACGAACGGCGGCUCGGAUGUAACGGGUUACGUGAUCGAGAAACGGCUCACUACCUCCCAGCAGUGGACCAAGAUCAAAACUCUGGACGCCAACUGUCUCAGUUACUGCGUCGACAACCUUAAAGAAAAGUCUGAACUAGUAUUCCGGGUGUUCGCCGAGAACGUCAUUGGGUUGAGUCCGCCGGCCACGUCCGAAACAGUGACACUGAAAUCACAUGCCACGGUGCCUUCGCCACCAACCGGACCCUUGGAGGUGCGCUACCUGGGUCCCAACAUCAACAUUGUCGAGUGGGGAAUUCCCGAAUCCGAUGGAGGUGCGCCAUUGGAGGGAUACAACAUCGUCAUUCGCAAUGUCAAGAAGACCAUGUGGAUGGAGGUUGGCCGGGUGGCGGCCGACUGCCAGUCGUUCAACAUCAAGGACCUGGCCGAGGACGAGGAAUACCUGAUACGGAUCAUCGCGCGCAACGAGGUCGGCAAUAGCGAACCGCUCGAGUCGGAGGAACCGUACAGGGCACAGCUCGGGGCGGCUCCCGAAGAUACCCACGACGAAACGACGCGGGACUUCACGGAACCAUCCGCCACGAAUACGUCCUCCUGGCUACGGGAGCACAACAUGACCGCAGACAUUCACAGCUACGCCCGGCACACGCUGCUGAGAAGGCGAGAGUACUUCUUCAAGCUGUGGGUUAACGCGAAAAAUCUGUUCAAGUAAACGCGUCCGACGAGCGACGAUGACAAUUCCUUACUAGAAUUCACAAAAAAAGCAAAAACUCUAGCUCAAAUUCGUUAACUUUUAUUCAAUACUUAUGCGGAAGAUGUAUACAUUUAAGAAGAGCGUCGACGAUCCCGGAGAAAGUCCUUAAACCCUAACUGUUACUACAUAGCCGAUAAGACGAAGCCCCCCUUUUAGCUACCUACCUACUUUUACAGUGUCGAUAUUUUAUACACGAGUGACCCCCCUGUGCUUUGCAGUUGUAUGUAAAUGUUAUCCCCCCAAAUCAAUCAUUUCGCAGGUUGAAAGAGAAAACGACUACGAUUUGUUUCAUGUAACUGUGAUACAGAAAGAGAUUUUAUUGUAGAGAAAAAAAAAUGCCAAAAGUGAACAAAGCCAAUUGCGCCACUCGCUACUUAGAGCAAAAAUGCAACCAUAAAUGCAAAGAGACAAAAACGAAAGAGUUUCAAACCAAUUUUAGACACAAAACGAAGACGAAGCGAAGCGAUUCCCCCAUUAAGCGGGACUCCCCGAGCAACCAAAAAAACUGUAAAAGAAAAUGCAUCAUACCGAAAUUGUUCUAUUGCAAUACACACAUUUUGUAACGGUUAUAGUAUGUCAUAUAUUUUUGUAGUUUUAGUAAAUUUCUAAAUGUUGAAACUCACUGUGCGAAUGUAACGACCCGACUGCGCAGCGAUUGGCAUCGAUUGGAGAGACCCCCGGACGGAGAACAUCAACCCCGGUGGAGGGCAGCUGGACACAAGUCAACAAACCAAAGGGAGACGAUUAAUAUAGGUGCGUACAUUAAUCGAGACAACUUCACUACACAGAGAUGGACUUGCGGUAGCUGUCGGUAUCUCCGAGCGAUGCAGUCGUGGCGAAGAAACAUUCAAUUCGCAAAAAAACAGCAUAUUUAUUCUUUAUGGAAAAUUUGAGUUUCUCUCAUUUUGCCUUAUAUUGAUUUUAGUCGUAAGAAACGACAUUUUUCUGUUCACCAAUAGUGUGUUAAAUAAAAUGAGAAACGAGUAAUAUCAA